AUGAGCUACUACUACGGAGGCCUGGGCUACGGCUAUGGCAACUUCGGGGGCCUGGGCUAUGGCUGUGGAUAUGGCAGCAGCUUCCGCAGACUGGGCUGUGGCUGUGGCUACGGAGGCUACGGAUACGGAUGCUGCCGCCCUUCAUGCUACGGAGGAUAUGGGUUCUCCAACUUCUACUGA